AGCUCGCGCUCCUUACACAGGUAAAGGAAACCUUUACCGCGUUAGUUAAGUUAUUGUUGGAACAUAUAUAGGCAGCUGCGCUUAACAACUCCGUGAAGUUUAGCAAUGCCCACUGAGGUAGCAACGCAAACGUUUUCCCGCUAAGGCAGUUAACGCUUACGAAAAACUACAUGUUGCAACAAACCGCCAGCCGUUUGGUUGCAUAGGCACAUAUAGGCGUUCCUUCGAGCGUCGUGGGCGCAAUCCUUGCAAAGCGCGCCAUGGCAACCACCAGCAAUCUGACAGGCCGUGCCAAGCAAGGGUCCAACAUCAUUGCCGUAAUAUCAGAGCUCGAAUCUUCAGCGUUGGAUGCGAUGAUUGACUACUGGGCACGCAGCUAUUGCCUUAGUGCGGUCCGACUUGCGUGUCGAGCACUUCGCAAAGCCGUCGACAGCAGCGUACGGGAGCUUAGCCUUCAAGUCAGGCUCGCAGACCUGGAAGUCUUGAAUGCAGGGCUGUUGCCGUCUCUCGCGCGAUGGCCUCGCUGCAGCACGGUUAAGUUCGACUAUGCAGCGGCUCAUGACGAGCUAGACGCCGCAGAGGCAUUAGCGAUAUUCGCUUCGCCGUUUAUUGGGCUUCCUCUUGAAGCCAGACGGCGCAUCACCCACAUAAGUAUCCACGAGUUGGAGAUUGAAAAGCCUUCGAUGGAUCCAGACGACGAGGAACCCGAAAUGGAAUGCUGUUGCGUGCCCGACAGCCCGGCAGUGGUGGCUCUCCUGGCUUACUGGCUGCCGGGUCUCCGUGAGGUGAACCUCGCCCAUCUGUACAGCCUGUCGUACAAAAGCCUGCACCUGCUGGUCAUGUACGAAGGCCUGGCCUCUCUGCCGUACCUUGAGCGACUCAGCUUGCCCAACACCCGUACGCUCAAGUGCAUUGAAGCUCUUGCAAUGGAGGGCGGAGGCGCUGGCUGCAGCAGCGGCAGCGGCGGCACCCUAACAAGUCUGCAUGUCAACUGCUGCCCAGACUAUGUAGACCUGGGCUUCAACGCGGGGGCCGGUAGCGGCUUGGCACACCUGGGCUCCCUGCAACAACUGGAACUACAAUAUGUGGUCUUCGACACGAUCAAUACGGCAGCCGAAGCUGAGGACGAGGAGCAUUCUGACCACUGCUGGGCGAUGGGGCAGCUGCUGCGCAGCCUGCCGGCCUCGCUGCAGUCCCUGCGUUUCAGCGGAUGCAGGAUGUCGGAAGACUUGCCCAAUGGGACGUCCAACUCCGACCAGCUAGAUGCCACGAUUCGGCUGGCUGCAGGCCGUGUGACGAGUGUGGAGCUGACGGACUGGCAAGGUAGCACCGCUCUGGUAGACUUUGCAGCCAUGUUAAGACACGGACUGCUACGCAGCCUCGUGACGUGGCAGCAGGAGAAGUGGCGGCAGCAGCAGCAGCAGGAGGAUCAGCAGCCGCUGCUGGGGUGUUUACGAGCCGCCAGCAUAGGGGUCAGCAGCUUCGUGCCGCACCUGCUAUCAGGCGAUCGGGGCGAACAGGGCGAGGCGGACGAUGGAGAGGAGCAGGGCGAGGACCUGCGGAUGCUGCUAAGGCGCUUCGAGCGGGUAGAGGUGAAGGAUCUUCACCUGCAGCCCGGGACGUGCCUGGAGGCUGUACGGCAAGCAGUUGAACUGCUUGGCGAACCCGAGAGCUUGCAGCUAGACAUCUCCACACGAUGGCCUGGGGGCAGCGAUGGCAACGGCAACUCUCAUACACUCUGCAUUAACGUAUCAGGGACCGGCGCCCAUGCACUGUGUGAGCAGCAGCAGCAGCAGCCAACCAAGCCGCAGCAGUUGCCUGGCGCCGCGGAGCUGCUUCAGUCUGCACUGCUGAGGAUGACGGCCGGCGCCACGGCACUUGGGACGGCGGUGCCGGAGGCAGCAGCUACGAACGAGGGGCGUGGGCAGACAGGCUAUGACAGCGAGUUACUUCUGCUACAAGGCCCGUCGUUUGCGUUGCUGACUCAAGGGCCGGCGGUCCUCCAGGAAUGGCUGCGGUUGGUAGACAAGCGAGCCACGGUGACUGCAGGCAGCGGGAAGUGCAUCUGUGCGUGUUAUGCGCUGCCCUUUGCUUCCAGCCUUGUUGUGCACUGCAUGAAGGGCAAGGCCGCGGCUGUUGCGGCGGCGGCAAGUGCGUUGUUGGAGGUUGCUGGGGUGACGCCUGGCUCAGCGCGGGUGCUGUCGUUGAAGCCCGCAACUCGCGGCAAUGUGCCACGGGGCCUUUUCUUGUGCAGCCUUCAACGGGUGGUCCAGGAGGCGUGGGACGCCGCGGCCCCGCAGCCCGGCGAGGCCGGCGGCAACAUCGGCUGGCGGCGGCUGGAGUGGCUGCUGGGGCUGAGGGAGGGGCUGGGGAUGCCGCCGAUCGUUUGGCUGUAGAGCACUGCUUUGAGAGGAGCUUACGGAGCUGGGGUUGCAGCAUAGGUAGCAUAGGUGGCGGGGUUUCUGUUGGCAAAGGUGGAAGGGAACGAAAAAGUAUUGAUAGUGGCAACCCGUGGAGGUGGGAGGGAGCGUACGCGCGUGCGGCAUGCUUCAUGUGAGGCUAGGAGUGGGGUUGACCGAGAUCGAGGCAACAACUACUUCAGGAGGGACGAGGCAUGGGUGUUUACGUGUGAAAGGGCUUGGUUAGGACAGCGCGAGUUGUGGCGGUUCCAUGGGUUUCCCGUUUCUCGUGGUUGUGCUCAGUCAAUGACCUUGGUUGACGGAGCAUUGCAGGAGGCGCUUUGAAAGCGACGGUGUAUGGUUUCGUGGUGGAGGGGGGCGAGUGUAUUCACUGGCAUUUCGUCUGGCUCUCGGGGUGGAAAACACAUGGAGAAGCCUGCCCCGCUGUAGUCUGCAUGGGGAGCAUAAGAAGGCGCUAUUAUUUCGGUUGCCGCACAACAUUGUUGGGCUGUCGCCUGGCGGUCAGUAUUUCUAUGGGGUUCAGAGUUAUGUAGGAAGCCUCUCUGCAGUUGCAGUUGUAUAGGCUUGGAAGAGUGUGGCGUGCAACUGCUCGCAACAAAACAAGAGCGAAAAGGCGAAGACGGGGUUGAGCUGGUAAGGAUGGCGGAAAUCUUGUUAAUGGUUGUUGUCGAAAUCUCCUCUUUGCUG